CCCACCAGCUGUUCCUCACUCCAACACACUGACUUACACACUCUAAAUAACCUGUUUUUACUCUAAACUCCUAAAUUACACUUUUCUUCAGAGCCAUGCUGGAAACUUCUGCUUAUCUCGGCUUUAGAUACGAUAGUUUGCUAACCUCGUUUAUGUGCACCAUGGUCCUUGGAGGAACGUUGUUUCGUUUCACUGUGUACUCUGUAACUUAUAUAGCUGAAAUGACAAUAAAAACCACUUUGACUUUGACUUUGGAGGAGUCUGGGAGCUCAGCCCUUCUUUAGAAGUGGUCACUACUCCUCAUCCCGCCCUCUCUUCACUAAACCUCUUAUCAUGCCAGGCCAGUUCUCCCCAGCAGAGCCCCGCUCUCCGCUGGUCACUCCCCUGUCCUGGAGCACCGGACCCCCUGCCCUGCCCUUCCACUUCCGCUCCCGCACCGAGCCCAUGGACUGGCGGCGUCUCUCAGCUCUGGACGUGGACAGGGUGGCGAGAGAGAUGGACAUAAACGUCCUGCAGGAGUUCAUCACCGCUGUGACCUUCUGUGAUGCUGAGAGUGAGCGGUGCCCACACUGCCGAGGGGCCACAGACCCCACCCUGCUGAAGGUCCUGCGCAUGUCCCAGCUCAGCACUGAGUACCUGCUGCACUGCCAGGACUACCUGAGCACUCAGGUGUCUGCCCUGGAGGAGCGCCUGCAUGGGGCACUGUCCCAGAACCAGCGGGACACAGAGGAGCAGGCGCGGCUGGAGAAGGAGUUGCAGGAGGUGAAGCUGGAGAGUCGGCGCAGGAAGAAAAUGAUCUCGACUCAGCAGCUCCUCCUACAGGCCAGUGCCAAUAAUUACCACAAGUGCCAGUUCUGUGAGAAAUCCUUCGUCAAUUACUCCUACCUGCAGUCACACAUCCAGCGGCGGCAUCCUGAGAUCACAGAUGCAGAGAGACAGAAGAAGAAGCAGGUGGAGCAGAUGGAGGACGGGAUCGAGGAACUGAAGGAGAAACUGAGGCUGACUCAGCUUAAACUGGCAGCAGAGAAGGAGGCAGAUGCUCACCAGAGACAGCAGGAGCAGGAGGAGCAGCGUAGGAGAGAGACGGCAGAGAAGGAGGCGAUGGAGAGAUGGAAGGAGGAGGAGAGGAAAAAGUUUCAGCAGGAGAUUCAGGAACUGCGCCAGCUCUUUCUGCAGGAGUUUAAAGGCAUGGCUAACAGGAGCUUCUCCAUAGAAAAUAAACUGCAGGAGCUGGAGAGCAGAGAGCAGAGUGGGUCUCCUGUACGAGGUGAGGACGAGGUGGAGAGCGAGAGAAGACUGGUCAAGGAGAAACAGCUGAAGGAGCAUAUGGCUCAGAAGAGGAAUGAGUGGAGGAAGAAAGUGAAAGAGCUGCAGAACCUUCACCAACAGGAGAAAGAGGAGCUGCAGAGUGAGAAUGUCCGGCUGCAGAGGGCUCUGACUGUGGAGCACAGCUCCAGCUCCAGCCUGCAGAACCUGAAGCAGCAGCUCCUGUCUCUCUCCUCUCAGAUCAAACAGAAAGACAGACUCAUCCGCUCCCACGAGCAGAAGAUUAAGAAACUAUCUGCAAGACCACUGUCAGGUCCACCAACAAAUGUUGUUCCAAAAGCACAAAACUCUUCUGUAGAGGAAGAAGAUGAUGAUAAUGAGGAGGAAGAAGAAGAAAGGCUGGAGGAUUCGAUGGAGGCUCAGAGGAAAGUUCUUGAAUCACUGAGAGGAAAUUCUGAGUUGAUGAAGGAAUUUAGACCCAUCCUAGAGGAGACACUGGAGGAGAGACUGGAGAAGAUGGGACUGAGGAAGGGCACAAAAGGAAUCUCUAAGCAGACGCUAAAGAGUCUGAGCUCGGUGGUGUCUGCUCAGCGACUGCAGAGGACCAGGAGCCAGGUCCACCUACAGGACCUGAGGGAGAACCUGGUGUUGGAGUUGAACACCAGAAUGAAGGAUCUGCAGAAGAACCAAAAUAUUAAAUCUUCAGCUACACACACCCAGCAGAGGAAGAAGCCCCACAGUCCAGUGAUGGAAAGAGGCUCUAAAACCAGACAAAACAGCUCCAAACACUCCCAUCAGAAGACUAGCACUCUGCAGCCUCCUAUACCUGCGCCACGCGGAAAAACACCAGCACACACUCCGACUGCAGCUGCACACACUCCGAAGAAGAAGAAGAGCGGCACCCCACCCUUCAGUUCAGAGGAGGACGAGUCGGCCGAGGACAGCGCCUACAUCACCAGCUCUCGAGGCAAACCCUCACCCUCCACACACAUCACCCCACCAGCAGACCAGCACAAACCCAGCACUGAGCUGGACUGGUCAGACAGUGACACAUCAGAGGAGUCAGACCAACCAAAAGGUCUGCAGGCGUAUGGUACACACGGUUCAGUCGUCCAAACCCUGACAAGAAGUUUAGAGAAGCAGCUGAGCAGCCCGGUCACCAAACCUGCAGGAGGGGUCCAAAUGUUUCCUCCAGCCACCUUGCCUUCCAGACCUUCUAUCACCAAACAGCAGGCGGUGUCGGAGGAGGAGAGUGAUUUGGACCUGUCCUCCAUAGAAGAUCUCACUGCCCUGCCCACAGGACCUCACAGGAGCUCAGAUAUGGGUGGCACCUCAGGUACCAGUGUCUGGAGCUCAGCAGCCAGCCGGGCACGAGUGUGGUGAGCUGUGCUGUUGGGCACCGUGUCUAUCACUAAAGUGCUUUAAAUGUUUAAAGUAAAGGAUCCGCCAAAAACACUUACUAACUUUUUGUGUAGCUCAAAUUCAAUGCCUGAAGUCUUGGGACAGGAACUGUAUUGUGUCCCAUGACUUUUGUCAUACCCCAUACAGGCUAACCCUUGCUGCAAUUAACUGUGGAAUGUGUGUGUGGGGUCUCCUGCAUUAAAUGUAUAGUGGAUGAUAUUUUCAUUCAAUUCAACAAUCCCUUGUCUGUUAACAUGGACAACUCUAGCCAGAUGCUGCUGGAAACGAUCAUUACCACACACUGCACUGUCCACUGUGGGUGGUAAUAUUAGCCUUCUAUGCCGUACAUUUUUAGUUUCACUAAAUUCCGAAACACAACUUCAGAAAUGGAAUGCUUCAAAAGAGAACACCUCGCAGCUUAUACAGGCAUGAACAUUCCUAAGCCUGUCUUUGGGUUAACAUUUUAUGAGUAAUUCACAUACUGCUGUCCCAUGAAUUUUGGCAUGUCAGCGUAUAUAGUGUCAUAAAUCGCGUAAACUGAGGUAAAUAUGUUUGUAUGUCAUGUAGUAUGAAUGAUGUAAUUUGGUCAUAAUAGCAGCGAUUUAUGACAGUUCACUGUUAGUGACAUAAGCCUUGUUGCUCCAGUGUAAAAAUUAUAGUUUGACCACAUUUUCUGUUCAUACUAUGUCAUUAUAAGUUACUAAUUUAUCUAUGUGGACUAGGGGUGUAGCAGUCUAUAAUAGCAUUUUUAGUAUUGGUAUAAUAUAUACAGUGGUGUGAAAAAGUAUUUGCCCUCCUAUAGAUUUCUUUUGUUUUUGUUUUUUUGUCAUACUGAUAUUUUUCUCAAUAUCAAACUAACUUUAUUAUCAGACAAAAAUAACCUGAGUCAAUAUGAAAAAUAUAUAUAUAUUUAAAUAUUUUAAAUGUUAGAUAAUUCUAUUUAUUGAAAUAAAAAAAAACUAUCCAAACUAUUCUAGCCCUGUGUAAAAAAGUGUUUGCACCCCCAUAAAUGAACUGUGCUUAAUCACACUUUUUGGAAAGCUGAGUUCAAUUUUAUUACUAACCACAACUACGCCUGAUUAAUGCCAGACCUGUAGAAUCAAGAAUGAUGAUCUAUCAUUCUAGAAAUAGUUAGAAAGUAAUUUUUAAGGGCUUUGUGAUUCACAGUACACCACAGUUAAAGCUAAAAUUCACCAAUGGAGAAAACAUACAGUAAAACACAGGUGAACCUUCCCAGGAGUGGCUGGCUGAAUAAGAUUAUUCCAAAAGGGCAUGAACAACUCAUCCAGGAGGUCACAGUAUAACCCAGAACAACAUUUAAAGAACUGCAGGUCUCACUUGCCUCAGUUAAGGUCAGUGUUAAUGAUUAAAUAAUAAGAAAGAGACUGGGUGAAAAUGCUAUUCAUAGAAAAGUUCCAAGACAAAAAAAAACACUGCUGAACAAAAGAGAACACAAUGGCCCGUCUCACAUUUGCCCAAAAACAUCUUACUGAUCUCCAGGUGUUUGGGUUAAUAUUCUUUGGACUGACGUGACAAAAGUGGAACUUUUUAGAAGGUGUUUGUCUCAUUAAAUCUGGCAUAAAACUAACACAUAUUUUCAGAAAAGGAACAUCAUACUGAAUGUAAAACAUGGUGGUGGUAGUGUAAUGGUCUGGGGCUGCUUUGCUGCUUUAGGGCCUGAAGAACUUGCUGUAAUAGAUGGACGCAGGAAUUCUGCUGUUUACCAGACAAUCCUCAAGGAGAAUAUAUCCGUCCAUCUGUUUGUGACCUCAAGCUCAGGUGUACUUGGGUUCUGCAGCAGGACAACCACCCACAGCACACAAACAAGUUCACCUCUGAAUGGCUUAAAAAAACAAACAAAAAAAACCUACAAUGUGGCUGAAUUAAAUAAAUCUGUAAAGAAGAGUGGAACAAAAUUCCUCCACAGAGAUGUGAAAGACUCGUUGCCAGUUAUCAGUUAAGCUUGAUUACAGUUGUUGCUGCCAAGAGUGACACAACCAAGUAAUUAGGUUUAGGGGUCAAACACUUUUUCUCAAAGGACUAGAUUAGUUUGGACAGUUUUUUUUCCAUAAAUAAAAUAAAAUUAUCAUUUAAAAAGGGCUUUUUUAUUUACUUAGGUUAUAUUUGUCUGAUAUUAAAGUUUGUUUGAUAAUCGAAAAAAUAUCAUUAUAAAAAUAAUACAAAAACACAAAAAUCUGUAGGGGGCAAAUACUUUAUCAUCUGAUCCACUACAGUUUUCUACCACAGUUUUCUACCACAGUUUUCUACCACAGUUUUAAAACUACAGUUCGGUUCGGUACGGAUACAUAAAGUGUUACACCCUUAAUUAAAGAGAAAAUAUGCACACAGAAAAUGUGGAUUUAAAAGGGCUGUUAUUUAUAUUGUUAUUUUGCACAUUAAUUAGCACAAAGACAAUCAGCUAUGAAGUAGGUAAUGAUCUAUAGUUUCAUUAUCAUAUUUUAUAAAAUAACAUAUGAGCCAUUUUUUU